CUGUUCAGCGAGUGGCGAAUGGUUAAAGUGGCUUUGGGAGUGAUCCUGCUCUUCAUCAUAUUCUGGUCUCCAUACUCUGUGGUUGAUUUGACAGCCACCACAGAGUGGUGCUGCUGACUCCAUAUAUGAACUCAAUCCCUGCUGUCAUCGCCAAGGCCUCCGCCAUCCACAACCCCAUCAUCUACACCCAAAGUAUCGGGCUGCCAUUGGCCUCUACGUCCCGCUGUUGUGCGAAAGAUCUGUGCUCGUCUUUCAGCUCCAGCUGCAUUUCUUCUCGCCGAGUCAAAGUCAGCGGGGGCGCUGUGAUGGAGGGAAAACCUCUGCUGCUUCCUCUGUGAACUGAAGAAGAAGUGCUGCUGUGUGCGUCACUGGUGUCGUCCUUCGUGGAGGAGCUGGACGAUUCCUUCAUGGAAACCAGAGGAGACGACGACAUCUGGCUUAUCAAAUUCUACGCCCCCUGGUGUUCCUUCUGUAAACAGCUGGAUCCUGUUUGGCAUCAGAUUGGAUCAGAACUGAAGAGUCUUGGUUCUCCAGUCAAUGUCGGCAAAUCAGACGCCACCGCCAACACCGGUUUGGCAGAAGAGUUCAAGGUCAGAGGUUAUCCAGCCAUCAUCAUGUGGAAGAAAAACAUGAAAUAUGUUUAUUCAGGAAAAAGAACAAAAGAAGAAAUAAUGGAGUUUACACAUCGAGUCUCAGGGCCCUGUGUUCGAUCUCUGAACAGUCUGCAGCUUUUCCAACACGCAAUGAGCCGCCAUGAUGUCAUGUUUGUGUAUGUAGGAGCCACAUCACAACUGAAGGGAAACUUCUCGGCUGCUGCAGAACAUCUGAUCGUUCACAUCAACUUCUUCUCCGCUGCCAGAGACGUUCUACCAAAGGUCAUCGCUCUGACGUCUCUGCCGGCCGUGGUUCUAUUUAAAGACGGAACCUACUUCACCUACAGCGAAGAACGUGACGGAGAACUGAGGCUGUGGAUCAACAGAGAACGUUUCCCAAACUUCUCCAAGAUCGACAGCUACACUCUGUACGCCAUGGGAGAGACAGGUAAACUGGUGUCGCUGGUGCUGCUGGAGGAGAAGAACAUGUGUGAAAAGAGUGUGAGGUACAAAGUUCUCAUGGAGAAACUGGCUGCAGAUUACAGAGACACCUACAGCAGAAACUUCUACUUUGGUUUCAUGGAGGAAAACGACUACAUCAACGGACUGAUGAUGAAGGACGUGAUCGUGCCGUCGUUUGUCGUGGUUGAUUUGUCCAACGAUGGUUACUUCCUGCCACAAGGCACCGUGGAUACAGAGCGCCAACUCUUCGACUUCCUGAACGCGAUUCUGGACGGCAGCAUCCAGUGUCAGGGGGGAAAUGGUGUUGUCCAACGUGUCAGACGCCUCGUCUAUGACACAAAACUCCUGAUAAGGUCGCUGUUCGCCCAGGCUCCACUGCUUGGCUUCUUCUUACUCGGCUUCCCGUUCACCAUCGCCACCGUCUUCUGUUACCUGUGCUGUAAAGCCCGACACACCACCAGUGAAGACGAAGACGAUGUCGCACCACAACAAUGCAAAAAAGUGACCAACAAGAAGUCUGACUGACGAGGACGUGAGGAGGAGCUGAAACGUCUUUGUCGAAUAAAAUCAAACCUGUUUCUUA